AUGUUGGGUCGUCACCCAGACGUCAAGGGACAGGGAUUCGACUCAUGCGCAGACGCGGAUACUCCACAGGCAGGACCGAGGAAGUGUGAUGAGGAAUUCUGGUACGAGGACGGGACGAUCAUCCUGAUCGUUGGCGAUGUCGAGUUUCGGGUCUUCAAAGGCCUCCUAGUCGACCGCUCUUCAGUAUUCCGCGACAUGUUCGCCUUUCCUCAGCCUCCUUCGGGUGCCUCGACAUCGGCAGGACAGACCUCUUGUCCAGAGGUGGCGUUAACGGACUCACCGGCAGACGUCCGGCAUCUGCUCCACUUUCUGAUGCCUGGAGGGAAGUCAGCGCCCCCCAGUCCUAAGGACUCCACGUUUGAUAAUAUUUUCGCAUGCAUCUGUCUUGGACACAAGUACCAGAUCGACUACGUCGUACAGCAAGGUCUCGAACUCCUCAGAGCGAAAAUCCCGGCGGUCGAUGUUGUUCAGACCUCCCUGGGUAACACUACCUUCCGCAAGCCCCAAAUGUCUAGGGAUAACACGAUCCGCGUUAUCAAGCUUGCCCGCCUUCUGGAUGCCAAUGAUCUCCUCUUCCAGGGGGUCUGGUCUGCCGCAUACUUUACCCCACAAGAGCUCAGUCAGGGCUUCUUGCGACCUGACGGCACCCACGAGGUUCUGUCGACUUCCGAUUUGGCCCUGUGCUUCUCCGCAAAGGAGCGCCUGAUCCAGGAGCAUUGUGAGCCGCGCGGGCCGUCUGGAAAGACGUGCUACGGCAAGUUGGCUAAGGCCUUGCAGCUUACCGAAAGCGAAAUUGACGCCUGGCCCAUCCUUGAACAUUUCACAUGCUGGAAGCUGCAGGACGACCAGAAAUUCGGGAUUUGCAACGACUGCCUAGCCCUGCUCAGAAAGCGGGAGACUGAUGGCCGAAUGGACGUCUGGAAGAGACUGCCCGAAAUCAUUGGGGUUGAGUAUCCGAACUGGAAUCAGACGGCCGUCGCGUGA